CCGCUCGCGCCUCGCGCGCGCCCGCGCCCGCGCCCGCGGCGCCCGCACCCGCGCCUUCUCCCCUGUCUCGUUGAGCAGGCGAGGCUUCGUCUCCGACUCGCGAGAAGUUUCCACCUCCUCUCUCUCUCUCUCUCUCUCUCUCUCUCUCUCUCUCGAGGCGUAGCAGCGACGACAUGCUUACGUCACUCCCCCACUCCGCCGCCGCCGCCGCCGCCGCCGCCGUUCUUCCUCGGCGGAGCCGUUUACUCGUGGCGCGAAGGGCGGCGAGGCGCCCCAUCUCCGUUACCAACGCCGUUGCCGACGAAACCCUAGACAAGGCUUCGGUGGCGACAGGGGCGCCACCCACCCUCUCCUUCCCCAUUUUGGUGAAUGGCUGUACUGGAAAAAUGGGGAAAGCUGUUGCUGAAGCAGCAGUUUCUGCUGGCCUUCAGUUAGUUCCUGUAACAUUCAGCAGCAAAGAGAAACCUAGUAGAACGCUACAAGUCGGCAGUAUGGAUAUGCAUGUACAUGGCCCAUCAGAAAGAGAAUAUAUUCUUUCUUCUGUCCUUGAUGAAUUCCCAAAUCUUGUACUUGUUGACUAUACUGUACCAGAUGCUGUGAAUGAUAAUGCUGAACUUUACUGCAAACUCGGUGUGCCGUUUGUAAUGGGCACAACGGGAGGAGACAGGGAGAUGUUGUACAAAACAGUGCAGGAUGCAAAUGUUUAUGCUGUAUUAUCUCCCCAGAUGGGCAAACAGGUUGUUGCAUUUCUUGCUGCCAUGGAGAUAAUGGCUGAGCAGUUUCCUGGUGCUUUUUCUGGAUAUCAUAUGGAGGUGAUGGAGUCACAUCAAGCAGGCAAAUUGGACACAUCUGGUACAGCUAAAGCUGUCAUUUCUUGCUUUCAGAAAUUGGGUGUCUCAUUUAAUUUAAAGCAGAUAAAAAAGAUUAGAGACCCUAAGAAGCAACUUGACAUGGUGGGUGUCCCUGAGGAGUACCUCUCAGGCCAUGCAUUUCACUUAUAUCAUCUCACUUCGCCUGACGAAACUGUUUCAUUUGAGUUCCAGCAUAAUGUCUGCGGUCGUUCAAUAUAUGCCGAGGGAACUGUUGAUGCUGCUAUGUUUUUGUAUAAGAAGGUUCAGUCUAAGGCCGAUAAGAAAAUAUACAACAUGAUCGAUGUCCUGCGAGAAGGUAACAUGCGAUGAGCCCUGGUUAGUCCAUUUGCUGAUACCGCAACUUCCAGUUGAAACCUUUGUACAAUUUUGUGAUAUUUAAAUUUUACUUAGAUUCGCGGCAACAUUUGUUAGUGUUUUUCUUGCACUCCUUUUAUAUAUAUAUAUAUAUAUAUAUUUCUGGUUU